AUGACCUUAUUACCGUCAUUUUGCGGUUCCACAUCCCGCUUCUACCGACUGGACGGGGUCAUCUUGAAAUGCCCCGUGGAAAUCUGGAAGGAGAGUAGUGCCUACCAAAGGCUCACCGAUGAUAUCGCCCAUAGUUUUGCGGUUGAACGGCAAAUUCUCGACAUGUUAGGGGAACACCCCAGAAUCGUGAAAUAUCGUGGAUGGCAAGAUAAGCCGCAAGGGUUACUCCUCGUCGAAGCCAGCCAUGGCAACCUCCAGCAGUAUCUCGAUGACAAUGGUGAUACCAUACCCCUGUUUACCCGCCAAAGAUGGUGUCAGCAAGUCGUUGAGUCGAUCGCAUAUAUACACCGUCGUAGUGUGAUACACUCAGAUCUACGCCCAGAGAGUUUCCUUGUCCACGCUACUACGCCAACAUCUCUAGAUCUGUGGCUCUGCGAUUUUGGUGGCUCGACAUGCGCAAAGCUCGGCUUGGAUGGUAAACAUCUUCCAGAUCCUGGUUUCUUCGACCCGAAUUCAGACUGGGUAUCCCAGACGGCGACUGAUAUAUUCAGCAUCGGAUCUAUCCUCUACACUAUUCUUGCUGGGCACUGGCCACACCGGAGCUCUGGACCUUUCAGGACAGUGGAGGAAAUGGAAAGCUACGAUCGACAGGUCGAUGAUCUCUUCAGACAACGCAAAUUCCCAGAUGUUGAAAGUCUCUUUGGAGGGAGUAUUAUCUUAGGAUGUUGGACGAACAAGUAUACUAAUGCGGAUGAUGUCCUAAGAGCGUUAGAUUCGGAGAUGGCAGAUUUAAAAAAUGUGCAGAACUGA